GAAAGGGAAGUUUCUCGUCGGAGUGUUGCGGAAGUCGGACCGGAAGCAGCGUGAGGUUAUCGAAGCGCUUUCUGAAGUGCUUCUACUGAGGACUUUCUGCCACCUCAGAUCACUUGCCUGGAAGGGGUUGUCUGGACUAAAAGCUGUUUGCUGAGCAGACAAGAUGCUGAGAAGUGCUUCAGUGCAGAUCUUCCGACAGCUGGUGAGAAACAGCAGCACAGACGCGAGCCUCAUCCUGGAAAGAUCGAUAAACCGUGUGCAGCUGCUGGGGCGAGUCGGCCAGGAUCCGGUGAUGAGACAGGUGGAGGGUCGGAACCCCGUCACCAUCUUCUCGCUGGCGACGAACGAGAUGUGGCGCUCUGGGGACGGAGAGAUGAGCUCGACAGGUGAUGUCAGCCAGAAGACGACGUGGCAUCGCGUCUCGGUGUUCAAACCGGGUCUGAGGGACGUCGCCUACCAGUACGUCAAGAAAGGGUCCAGGAUUCUAGUGGAGGGGAAGCUGGACUACGGAGAAUACGUGGACAAAAACCAAGUCAGACGUCAGGCCACCACCAUCAUCGCAGACAACAUCGUUUUCCUGAGUGACAACAUCAGAGACCGAACCUGAGGGACACCGCCGACUCCGGAGCGACUUCUAGUUUUACUUUUCUUCUUUGUACCACAAUAAGACGUGAGGACAGCAGAGCUGAGGAACUGCUUAGUAUGAAGGAGGACGUAGGAAGCGAUCAUGAGGCCCACUGCUGGUGGAAAUAAAGACGUUGAAGACGAGCGUUUUAUUCCUCAACAACUUCGAUUGUUCUACGUGUACAUAGCAGCGGUUAAAAGCUAUAAAAAGAUGUGUGUGUGUUUCUGUGUUUUCAGGUUUCCACUUUAGAAACUGGGACACAAGGAUUGUUUGUUAAUCCAUCCAACUUGCUUCCAAGUAUUUCUCAAGUGUCGCUUUAAAAGCUCAAAGCUCUGUUCAUAGCAACUCUUGUUUGUAUUAAAGAUGAGUUUUUGACUUGGA